UACUGCAGUGCACCACUGUUAAAGCUCUCAGUGAGCGAGCGUAAGCGCUGCGCUACAUGCUGAGUUUGUGGUUUUCGCUUUGAGUGUGCUUGUCUUGAGCACUUGCUACAAGUAUGUUGUUUUCUUAUUAAUGGCAACGGAUGUGGUGAGAUUUGUGCUUAAAGUUUUUCUUUGUAAACAUAGAUGUGCUUACAGAUCAAUGUGCAUGUGGGUGUAGCAGGAAUUGUAACUAAGGUGUUUGUGGUCAUCUUCAAUGACUGCACAAAUAUCAUAAAAGUUUGUUAGACUCUGACCUUGAGUUUGUUUAUUUUUUGGAUAUAUAUAUGUUUUAUUACAAUGAAGUGCAUUGCAAUCAAAAGCUGUCUUUGGUAGCAUCUUCUUUGAAAGUGUAAGGGUCUUCAGACACAUGGUGUUUUACCCCCUCUGGGUAGGUGACAAUACAGAGCACUCAGCCCUUUAUGGGUGGUCCUUAUAGUAUGUGUCGGAGGAGUCUGGUUUAUGUGUAAUAGUCCUGAUUGAUGACCGGUUUUAACUUAUUUGAGAUAAGCUUAUAAGGGAAGUUCAUGCAAUCCAAGAUCAGCAUUCUUUUAAGGGGCGUUUACACUGACAAAUAACCGCAGAUACAGAGCAAUCGGAAGUCAUUUAUUUUCAAUGAGACUUGGCUAUUUGAGUUCAGAUAUUAUUCAGAUGCGCAGUGACUAUCAGUGGGAGUGCAGCAUUCCUGAUAUGGCGAAUUCGCUGAAGGCAAAUGUAAGAUUGAUGGCAAAGGAUGAGAUCAGAGAGGAGAAGGAAGAAGCUAAAGAAAUAGAUGACACCCUGGAAGAGCCUACAGAAGAAGAAGAGGAUGAAGAAGAGAGGAAGGCACGGGCCGCAGCGGAGGAGGCAGCAGCCAGAGAGAGAGCCGCUCAGAGGCAGCACAUGACGGUAGAGGAGCUGGUGCAGACUGAGAGGAACUACCUGAAACAUCUGCAGCUCUGUACGGUCACCAUCCACAGCAACCUGCAGAAACUCCAGCCUCCUCCACCGAACCUAGAGAACAUGUUCCAGAACAUUGAUGAAGUGAUGGAUGUUUCCAGCAGACUCCUGAGCCUCCUAGACCAGGCACAGAUACAUCACAGCGAUCCGAAAUACCUGGAAACUCUCUGUGAAUCUUUCCUUAGUCUGUCUCAAGAUAUAGAGAUGGCCUAUAAGGAGUAUCUUGCCAACUACAACAACAUUACAGCUCUAGAGAACAGCUACAAACAGAAAGAGGCCCUGUGGGCAGAAAUGGUCCGAACCAUCAAGUCAUCCGCUCCUGAUGUGAAUGCGUCCACUCUGAGUUUCUUCCUGGUGAUGCCGGUUCAGAGGAUCGCCCGUUACCCCCUGCUGCUCCAGACCAUCCAGAAACACACAGACCCCCAACACCCGGCCUACCUCAUACUGGAGCACGCCGCUCACACUGCGGUCCAGAUCAACUGCAGGAUCAAUGAAUACAAACGCUUCCGUGAAGUGGCUGACAAGUACAAGAAGACUGAGAACCUGACCAUCAAGGAUAAGAUCAAUCGACUCAGUGGCCACAGCAUUGCCAAAAAGACGGCCCGGCUCAGUCAGUACAUAAAGCAUGAGACAGGAAUGGUGCCAAAGGUAAAGGAUGAAGAAUUUGAUGCUCUUGCUGGCUUCUUCUUUGUCCUGGAGAGGGGCGUCUCAGAGCUUCACGAUAACAUGGAGGCCUAUCUCCACUAUCUACAGAGGUUCCUCAGCUGCAGCCCAGAGGAAGCAGAUCUUGAUCUGGAAGGGGAGAAAACUGCCUUGUUCUCUAAAGAAAUAACAGUGGCACUCAGACAGUGGAUUUACCCCUCAUAUGAGAAUCGUUUGAAGACCCUAGUCUUUAAGCCCUUGUGCUCACUGCAGGAACUGAUGGCAGGACCACGAAACCUCAUUCGCAAACGUCAAGACAAGCUUCUGGACUAUGAGCUAAUCGAGGAGAAGAGUAACCUGAAUUUCGAUGAGCAAGCCAUAGCUAACACCUACAAGACCAUGAACACUCUGCUGCUAACCGAGCUGCCGCAGUUCAACGGGAAAGCCCUUCAGCUCCUGUGGGCCACGCUGGAGGCCUUCAGCUGUCUGCAGAGAGACCUGGCGGCGGAUAUGGAGCAGCUGGCCACCAGCUUCACUCAUCAGCUCCCACACAGUUAUUUGGAAACUGGUGAGUUCUGGAAGUGGGCAGAGACUUCGGUGCUGGAGGGUUCGAGGAGGAUGGAGAGCCUGUGUCAGAGCGUUCAGGAUGAGCUCAAUGCUCCCAUUGUGCAGGCCCCCAAUCCCAUGUGUGAGCAUCGUCUCAAGGCUCUGACCGCUAAGCAUGGCUCAGAGAAGAUCUACCAGCUGACAGGCCCUGUGGUGGGCACCCGUGACCUUGACCUGACCCUCAGCAAGGGAGAGCUGGUGGCUGUCGUCAGUGAGAUGGACACACGAGGAGACCGUCGCCGCUGGCUGGUUGACGCAGGAGGCCCGAGGGGAUAUGUGCCCGCCUCAAAACUGACACGCUACCACCAGUUAACUGUUGACCCGCCGCAGUCUCCUCAUCUGAACGUCAUGCCCACCGGUCCAGGACCCCGAAGACACUCCUACACACCUGGAGCCCAGCCGCUCCCAACCGUCGUGACCACACCCUGUUUUCAGGUGUACGCAGGCUAUGACUUCACGGCGAGGAGCGGUCAGGAGCUUUCUCUGAGGGCUGGUGAGCCGGUGCGGGUGGUGGAGCCUCACGAUAAGCGUGGAAACAAGGAAUGGAGUCUGGUGGAGGCGCGUGGCAAGAGAGGCUACGUCCCCUCCAACUACCUUGCCAUCCUCCCCUCUGUGAUCGCCUCACCCACCUUCCCUUAUCGCUAGCUCUGAAUAAUAUCCAUGAAAGAACAUCAUCUCCUGUUGAUAUGAGUCUUCGAGCCAGUACCCAAACACACACAGACCAUAAGAAGCACUUUCCCUGAAGGGCUCUUCAUACGUGAGGGGGCGGAUGGCUGCUGUUUGAUGCGUCGUUUGACUGGUGUAUGUACUGGAGUGGUGCUUGGGCCCUGCUGUGGAGUGGUCGUCCGUAUACUUGAUCUCCGCUUCGCCCAGGGCUGUUACUGUUGGAGAUCUUUUUAUCCAAUGAGAGAAGAGCUGCAGGGGCAGGCAGACACAUGGCUACUGCUGGAGUGCGCUGUUUCCUGCAAUUACCGCUUGGAUCAACACCUCAGCUGUCCUUCGAAAUGAUGAUUUGGGCAGCCCUGGUACUACUUGCCUGCUUCACUGUCUUACUACUGAAGAAAAUGAGAAUAUUUGGAGUUUUGCUUGUUUUAUGAGUCAAAGCUCUUUUGCACUGGUUCCCAGCUUAUUGAGAUGACUAAUAUGCUGACUUAAAGACAUUCUUACUUUUGCAUUUUAAUAAUACUUGAUGGACAGUUUUAUAGUUAUUUAAAUUUGUACAGUGGAUCUAAAAAGUAUUUGGACACUAAGGACACAAAUUAAUGUCCUAAAAAUAAUGCAUUGGAAAUAAAAUAUUAAUCCAAGUGACAUUAUAAAAGCACCAAUACACUUCCCAAGCAGAGCUUUUCACAUAAAGCGGUCGGCUAAUAUAUUGUCAAUGCUGAUAAUUGCCUCUUUUUUUAAUAUUUGCAAAAGCUGAAAUGUUUUUCUGCUUGCCUGAUAAAUGUUGGCAGACUUUUAUUUUGACAGCGAUGAGAAUGUUGGUGUCUAAAAGCAGAUGCAUAAUUCUAUGUAAUUCUAUGCAUAUAAUUCUAAUUCCAAAUUGUAUGCGGAAAGGAGAAUUCUGUUGUCACUGGAACAGUGUUGCCAAGUCUGCGCAGAAUUGGGCUAUUUUAACACUUUUGCCGCAGGUUUUUAUAUCUGUGGGUUGAAGUGACCCCAAAUAACAUGAUAUUUAGCCUCUGGAAUGUGAAUUUGUCCUGGAGGAACCCUGCCAAAAAGCGGAUUUUACCCCCUGGAACGCGUGGACCCACUCUGCGAAACACGAUUGGGUUUUGAGUAGCAAUUGGGAGGGUUUUGUCAUGGAAAUCUGGCAACCCUGCACUGAAAACACAUGAAAUUUUAAUGUAUUCACUUCAAACUACGAUGCCAUAUAUAAAAUUAGCAUUUGAGAGAACAUGAUUCCCAGUAAACACAGACUUGCCAGAUUACUGAGUGCACUAGUUUCAGUGCUUACGUCCUUUUUUGUGAAAAAAUACUAUAAUUUGAUUACUGAAUCAAGAAGUUGCUAUUUAUUGUACAGGUUUACUUUUUUCCAUAUUGAUUAAUGUUCUAAUAUUACAUAAAAAAUUAUUAAUCUUUAUAUUAAAUAUCUUUAAAUAUAUUGGUUUUAUAUCAAUCAUUAGCCACCCUGCUUUUGAAGAUAUCAGCAUUGCCAUCAACCAUCAAAAAAAAACCUAUAUCGGUCGACUACUAAAAAAAAGUAUAGUGAUGCUUUCUAGUUGUCAAACAUUUGUUUGCAGAUGCUGGUUGGAUUGAUAUUUAUUUAUUUAUUUAUUUAUUAAUGCAGUGACAUUCAUACAUUUUUAAUUGUGUCUUAAAUGUCCAAAUACUCUUUGGAGGCACUGGGUGGUGGUGGAUAUCGAAGACACUGUAAUGAUGCAGAUUCAGAACUGCAUUGUUCAUAACCUCUGUGAUGAAGGACUCACUGAAAGAUUCAAAGGUGCAGAGGAGUUGCUGCAGUGUCCGUCAUGAACAACUGUCUGCCUGCACUUGCAUCUGAUGUCCACUGGAGGCACCAGAGCACCCUCUGUGAAGACUGUCAUGUUACCUUACUCAGUGUUGGAUUAAUCCCCCAAACAGAAUCAUAUAUUAUUCAUCUGAUCCUCACAAUGGCCUUAACAGGGAUCCAGUGAGAGGCAGUUCGUCUCCUGGCGGUACUACCCCCUGAAUAUGGCAUCAUCUGUACAUAUCACUUUGAAGAGAUAUUUAUUUUAUUUAUUCUUCAUGUCCACUCUAAAAUUAAACAGAUUCAGUCUUGAAUUAAGCCAUCAGAACUGUUGAAAUCCAUCUCAUACCUUGACAUUUCUGCUGUUAUUAUGAGAAGCUGUUAUUCGUCGUGACUGAAGUCUUCUGCCUGACCUCUGAAUGCUCUUAUUUGUGACCAGCCAGCAGAUUAAAACACUGACGUGAACGAGGCAGAUUAUUUCUGUCUACUGCAGAGGUUUAUUUUGGAGAUAUGCAUUGGGUUGGAGGCUGCUUUUAGCCCAAGACAAGUGCUGCUUUUCCUCUGAGAAUGUGCAAAUGUCACAGCAGGGCUGAUGAUGACUGUGUUUUGUCAUGCUGCAGGCAGAGUAGACAUGCGGUUCGUUGUCCGAGAGAGCACUGCCUGUCAAUCGCUCCUACUUCUGCUGAGAGCUGCUUGUCAGCAAAGCUUUGAUCCUCUGAACCCCUACAGCUACUGCUUCCUCUAUGCGACAGAACUCGAAGCUCUAUAAAUAAAUUUCUCUAUUCAAUGGUCUAAAAAUAGCUGCUUGUCGGCAGGAUCCCUCUAUGGCUCACCCUAUUGGAGCUGUUGGGGACUGCAGCUGCGGUUCCUCUCGCUCCUCUGGGAGGUGGCAUCUCUCGCAUUACAUCAAAUCGUGCCCUGGCCCUACUCUUCGUCUCUGCUGAAGAGCCAUGGGAAAAUGCUACGUAAUUAGAUAUAUAAUGUAUCCCUCACAACAUUACAUACUAUGAAGCAUUUCCUAGUGAGAGAGCAAGCAAACCUUACACCCCUAUUCUAGCUCCCUGUAUCAUGUCUGUUUGUGUGUGUAUUAGACGGAGAAGGGACGAUAAGCCUUGCAGUAGGGGUUUGUAAGUCCGCAGUAAACA